GAGCGGGUUUGACACGAGCUAUUUGGCACACACGGUCUCCUGGCAUCCUCAUGCAGGACCAUCACCACAUUGUAUAGACAAGGAGGCUGUGUACCAGAGAGGUUCAUACACGGUGUUGGGAAGACCAGGAUUCGGCCCUCUUUCUGUUAGUUUCAAGCAGCAGAUGGCCACCCUGUACAUCCCCCGAAUUCCCUGCCAGCCAGCCCAUUGUCUCCUCAGACUUACCUUGUCGGCUCAGAUGGCAGCACCAAGGGCAUUUGAGGAGAAAAUAGCCUCCCUGACAUCAGCCUUGAAGACUUUUUUCGAGGAGAGGCUGGGAGCCCUUGAUUUCUAAUCAUCCUUAGUCCAUCAACACGUUCAAUUCUAUGUUCAAUCUGGACCUGUUUUUGGGAUAGCAGGGACCCUUUCAUCUGGAGCCCAGGGGCCUGGGUUUGGGCCCUAGCUCCGCCUCUGACCUGCAGCAUGACCUCAGGCAAUCAUUCGUUUGCCUUUUCUAUCAGUGCCCGCCUGUCUGCAUCUCAGAGUUGUAGGGAUUCAGUAAGUUCAUGGAUAUGAAGCUCUGUAGACCAGAACCUACCACACUGCAUCAAAUCUUUCUUGGAAAGAGACCGUGAGGAAUGCCUUAGAACAUACUUGAUUAACUGACAUGUCAUUGUUGAUGGUGGUGGUGGCACCCACGAGGGCACUGGCAGAACGCUGCUGAGAUUUAUGGAGCUCUUGACUCACUUAAGGAACCUCGCUGUUUAUCCCGGGACACCUCAGUGUAGUGCCACACCGUUCCUCCUCUCAGUUUUUCAAAGGGUGUGUGACUUAAUGUCUUUGGGUGAUGGAAUUAAUAGAAUGUACUGGCUGGAAACUGUUGCUAGGCGAUUCUCUUCUGUGGUUUAGAAAGGGAGAGCGAUGAUGUCCCUCAAACGGUGUCUUUGACUCACACAAAGAGAGGCUGGAUGACAUCAGGGGUAGGAGGCUGGUGGGCUCCGUGCCUCAUUUGCAAAAGUAGCAAGUCUCCAGGGUGGCUGUGUUUGCAAAUGGCCCUCCUUCUUGAAUCCGCUUCCUGCAUCCCUACCAUUGUCCUUCUGAGUCCAUUUUCUGAAGCUAAGUUUCUGAGAACCUCAGCCGGCUCCCCCAGUAAGGAAAACCCAUGAGCCCACUUAACGAGGAGGCUUGGGGUGACUUGUGGCUCAGUGGGGUCCUCGGCAUCCAGGUUCUUUCCCCUUUCCCCCUCUGCCAUUCUGGCUUGUGACCUUUGUCCCUUCGGGCUUGACCCGUCAAACCCCGGGGGCUACUGCAGUUCAGGUGCAGGAUGUCACCUCUCUUUUGGCCGUCCUUGAGGAAACCUUUCCCCCCCAGCUCCCAGCAGUCAUCCCCUCAGGCAAGGGGAGAGGUUUGGAGACCACCUUAGACUGAUCGUAAUUUACUCCCUUGUUCCAUGGAGGAAGAGGGGAAAUUGGAUGAGACGGUGGCUCUGCCAUCGAAGAAUAUGGUGGGGAUGGCACUUUUAUGUGAGCAACUCUUGUCUCUGUGUAUCUUCGCAUGUGUCAGCCCUCUGUUCUACCUCCUAUUAGCUGGGGGCCCCUGGUCAGGUCACUUAGCUUCUCUGAGCCUUAGCUGUGAAGUGGGAUGGAGGCUAUCCACACCAGGGGUUGGUGGUCAGAGUACAUCUCGAGCUCUUCGCAGAGAGCCUGGUAAUCCUAAGUCCCCAGGAAAUGUGGCUACUCUUUUUUCUGCGUGUUUCCCAUGUGUCUGUCCCCAUGCUGGGACCGGGACAGUUGCAGGAGAGGAGUCAGAGAAGGUCAGACCUGACUUCUGCCUCUAAGGAGCAUCCAGUCAGCUAGGGAAACCAGAUGUGUUCCUAAAAUUAGGGCAAUACUAAAAGGUCCAGGGCCCGUGGGAAUGCUCCCUCUGUGUUAACUAGCUGUCCUCAGUGUGGCCGCUGCCCUUGGGUCUGGUUCUAGAACAGCAGAGACCUGCAGAGUGGUCUGGGGGAGCAGUCAUCACCUCCCAGGCCCAUCCCUGCCGUAGGCUCAGCAUCAGCAGUCUUGACUUUAGCUGUUCUUAUCCACGCACACUGACAAGCCCCUGAUCAUCCCGCCGUCCCCUCCUGGACACGUCACUUUGCUCUCUGGUGGCCCUAAAUGGGCACAGGGCCCUGUGUGGCCGGAGUGUGCAGGAGCAUGCACAAGCCAAGGGCUGUGUCUGCAGACCCCAUGGGGAGGGCAGGGGCAGCCGGCGGGCUGGGCUCCAGCGAUCGGGUCCCUGCGCGUCUCCCCGCAGAGGGCCAUCCGCGUGCGCAGCCACUCCAUGGAGACCAUGGUGAGCAGCCAGAAGAAGCAGCACGGCGGAGGCAUCCCCGGCAGCCUCAGCGGUGGCAUCUCACACACCAGCACAGAGGUCACCAAGACCACCUUCUCGCCUCCGGCGGCGGCAGCGGCGAAGAACCAGUCGCGGAGCCCCAUCAAGCGGCGGUCGGGGCUCUUUCCACGGCUGUACACAGGCUCUGAAGGCCAAGGCGACGGCCGGACACGAUGUGACAGCGCAUCCAGCAACCCCAAGACCCCGGAUGGUGCACACUCUUCUCAAGAGAUAAAGUCUGAGGCCUCUUCCAAUCCCAGCUCUCCAGAAAUCUGCCCUAACAAGGAGAAGCCCUUCGUAAAGUUGAAGGAGAAUGGCCGAGCUAACAUCUCCCGCUCCUCCUCCAGCACCAGCAGCUUCAGCAGCACGGCGGGGGAGGGGGAGGCCGUGGAGGAGUGUGACAGUGGGAGCAGCCAGCCGUCCAUGACCUCACCCUUCAAGCAGGAGGUGUUUGUCUACAGCCCGUCCCCGAGCAGCGAAAGCCCCAGUCCGGGGGCACCUGCCACCCCCAUCAUCGUGAGCCGGAGUCCUACAGGUCAGUGGCGGCUGGGGCUGCACGCCCUGUGGCCGGAGGGGCAGGGGCUGUGUUGUGACCAUUGUUCGUGGGCGUGCGCCUCAGCCACACCGAACCAAGCACUUUCCGCUCCAGCCCCGAAGCGUUAGGCCCUUGAGCUCUGCUAGCUCACUUCAUCUGUUCAUCAGCCUUAAGAUGCCUGUGUUCUUAUCAUCUUACUCCUGGGGAAACUGAGGCUCUGGAAGUUCAGUGAUUUGGUAGAGGACUUGGGAUUUGAAAGCGGAGGAGGCCCUUUUGCCACACUCCAUCAUCGACGCAGGCCGCCUCUGCCCCAGUGAUGGUCGUGACAAGGGCAAGGGUAUGAAGUGGGGGGAGUGUUGCAGGUGGAGGGAACUGCACAUGGUUCCUUGGGCUGCAGUCUGUGGAGGGGACAGGUGUGAGAGGAGACAGCAGGCAGAUCGGGCACCAGGCUGGGGCUGCCACCGAGACCCUGGCAAGGAAUUGGGUGUUGUUCUGCUGGCGAGAGAAGCCACUGGAGCAUCUUACGUAGAGAAGCGCAGUCUGGACUAGGUGGCUGCAGCUGGCUGAGU